CGCGCGCGCGCACACACAUGCUAUCACUGUGACAUGUAGAGGUACCUAGUCUGAUGCACUUUGAGAGGACAGCCAAGGGAUCCGGACUAAGUUUUGUGUUGAAUGUCUGAAGCUAUGGUGCUGAUCCAUUGUGUUCCUUUUCAGUGCAUAUGGAAUGCUCCGGAAAGAGAUGCGGACGAACAAGAGGCUCCGACAGGUGACCCAGCCACUGUAGCACUUCUUAGAGGAGACCAUGAGACACUCAGUAACUCCUCCCCCACGACGCCCCCAGCCACACCCACCGCGCCCGUCUCCCCUGGCGACACGCCCGCUGCAGUGGUACCCAGGAGAAGGGAAGGCAGAAGCAGGCCACGACCAAUCUCCGACUACGCCCAGCUGGUGAGCAGGAAGUACGCCAUCCCAGAGGAGGGCCAGGAACUACAGUCAGAGGAGAUGGACUACACUUCCCAAGAGGACUACAAGAAAAGCAAUGGGGGAAGUGACGGGGAAGAAGGGCAGAACGGCCACGGAAACGGACAGUCAGAGAACGGGAGGACGAGACCCAUCUCUGUGAUUGGAGGAGUAGAGCUGUUCUCCACUCCAGGAGCAGAGGAGCAGGAGAGCUGUGAUAGCCUACCCUCUCCUGUGUGCAGACCUCCAGUGCCGCCACACCGUGUGCCUCCGUACAGGGCUGUGUCUGUCCGUCUGCGCCCCAGCGCUUUGUCUCAGAGCACCCCCAUAGGACUGGACAGAGUGGGCAGACGCAAAAUGCACCGCGUCCUCAGUGAUGACAGUACGGAGGCAGGUACACUGUUGGAUGACAGUGUCAGUGAAGAGGACGGCAGCUUUGAGGAGCUGAAUGAAGGAACACCUUACCUUCAACCCGAGAGUGACCUCUCCAUGCUCAACCAGUUGAUAAAAGCGGGCCACGCCGUGCACGCGGAGGCGCUUUGGGAUCAUGUGACCAUGGGAGAUGAUGAGCUGGCCUUCAAGGUGGGAGAAGAGAUCAGGGUGCUGGAGGCCUCAGAGACAGGCUGGUGGCUGGGUGCAGUGGCUGACAGGAAGGCCUGGUUCCCCUCCAGCUUUGUCAGAGUGCGUGUGAAUCAGGAGGAUUCCGGCAGCGAGAGCGUGGAGAGCAUUUCGGAUCCAGAGGAGAACGUUCCCAAAGACACGCGGGCCCAGAACACGGAGCACAGAGAGAAGAUGAGAGCAAACGUCGUCAGAGAGAUCAUGGACACGGAACGGGUCUACAUCAAACACCUGAGAGACAUCUGUGAGGGAUAUAUACGUCAGUGCAAGAAGCACCCAGGCAUGUUCACAGAAGCCCAACUCAAAACCAUCUUCAGUAAUAUUGAGGAGAUAUACAAGUUUCAGAGGACGUUUGUCAAAGACCUGGAGAAGAAAUACAAUAAAGAUCAGCCCCAUCUGAGCGAGAUAGGCUCCUGCUUCCUCCAACAGGGCGAGGGAUUCUCUAUAUACUCAGAGUACUGUAACACACACCCGGCGGCGUGUAGAGAGCUGCAGCGUCUCAUGAAGCAGGGGCGUUAUAAACACUUUUUCGAAGCCUGUCGUCUCCUUCAGCAGAUGAUUGACAUCUCUCUAGCUGGCUUCCUACUCACACCAGUACAGAAGAUCUGCAAAUACCCGCUCCAGCUGGGAGAACUUCUCAAAUACACUCCCAAAGAUCACAGUGACUAUCGAGGUGUGUGUGACGCCCACGAGACCAUGAAGAACGUGGCCAGUCUGAUAAACGAGAGGAAGAGGAGGCAGGAGAGCAUCGACACCAUCGCGCACUGGCAGGUCUCCAUACUCAGCUGGGAGGGUGAGGACGUUCUGUCGCGGAGCUCGGAGCUGAUCCACUCCGGGGAGCUGACCCGGAUCGUCCGGCCCGGUAAAACCCAGCAGCGCAGCUUCUUCCUGUUCGACCACCAGCUGGUCUUCUGCAAGAAGGACAUUCUGAGACGCGACCUGCUCCACUACCGCGGCCGGCUGGACACGGACAGGACCGAACUCCAGGACCUGCCGGACGGCCGCGACGCCGAACUGGGCCUCACCCUGAAACAUGCCUUCCUCCUACGGAACACCUCCACACAGGAGGUGUGCGUGCUGUGCUGCAGGAAGCCUCAGGACAAACAGCGCUGGCUGCAGGCUUUCACGCAGGAACGCAAACGGGUUCAAGAGGACGAGGAGAUGGGGAUGGAAAUCAGUGAGGCGCAGAGGAAGCAAGCAAUAAUUAAUGCCAGAAAAGCAAAACAGGGCAAGAUGAAAAAUAUGAAUUACGCGGAUCAUCACAUGCACCUCCACCAUCAUCAGCCCCUCCACCCUCUUCAUCAACGUCACGUUACCGUGCCAACCAGUAUCCCUCAGCAACAGGUGUUCUCACUGGCAGAACCAAAACGGAAACCCGCGCACCUGUGGUACAACUUUGCAUUGAAUGCUUUCUCCAGAAAGUGAUGAGAGAGGAUUCGUUGCACUGUUUUGAGAUGACAUAGACUCUGGUGCAGACAUGAAGAGCCUCAGACGUGUCCACUAUAAUGUUGUGUGUGUAUUUGUAUUUGUGUGUGUAUGUAUGUACGAAGUAUUUGAAUGAAGAUAGUCCAGUCAUGGAUUGUGUGUGUGUUUGUGCAUAAGAAAAAAAAAAAGUGUGU